GAUGAAGUAAAGAGGGGAAAAGGAAAUAGAAGGAAGCCGUGAAGCCGAGGCGGAAUCCAUCUUUCGUUGUGGGGUCGGGUAUAUAGAGAGAGAAAGGGAAAUGUGGGGAAAGAAACCGGGAAGGAGGGAGGCGGUUGAGCCGGUGCCGGAGGAAGGGGGGAAGUAGAGAGCAAUCCACGGCAGCCGCCGUCAGAUUUCCACAAGCAAAGCACUCUGACAAGAUGAGUGACAAUAUCAUGGAUAAAUUCAAUGCUCUUGGUGAGCGGCUCAAGAUAAGUGGGGCAGAAGUUAGCCAGAAGUUGUCAGUUGGCGUGAGCAACAUGAGUUUCAGGAUGAAGGAGUUCUUCCAGGGCCAGAACAUGGCGGACAAGAUUGUCGAUGAAGCCACGUUGGAGACCAUGUAUGCGCCUGAUUGGGCUACCAAUCUUGAGAUAUGCGACAUGGUCAACACUGAGAGGGUGAACAGUGUUGAAGUGAUCCGUGCCAUCAAGAGAAGAAUCAUGUUGAAGAGUCCGCAGGUGCAAUAUUUAUCUCUUGUCCUACUUGAGACAAUUGUCAAAAACUGCGAGAAGGCUUUCUCUGAGAUUGCUGCUGAGCGGGUACUUGAUGAGAUGGUAAGACUGAUUGAUGAUCCAAAGACUAUAGUCAACAACAGAAACAAGGCACUUAUGCUUAUUGAAGCAUGGGGAGAAUCUGGGGAUGACCUCCGCUACCUUCCGGUGUAUGAAGAAACGUACAAGAGGUUAAGAUCUAGGGGAAUUCGCUUCCCUGGGCGUGAUGAAGAGAGCCUGUCACCAAUAUUUACUCCUCCCCGUUCAAUGCCUGCAGCUGAACCAUAUUCUGAGGCAGCACAAGAAGGGUAUCAAGAAAUUCCAGACGAGGGUUUUGCUCCUGUUCGCACUGUUCCUGCUAUGCAAGUAAAUGAGGUCUUUGAGGUGGCUCGUAAUAGCGUUGAACUUCUUUCCACGGUGCUAUCGUCUUCUCCUCAAAAAGAGGUUCUACAGGAUGACUUGACUAGUACCCUCGUUCAGCAAUGCCAACAAUGUCAAUACACAAUCCAGAGAAUCGUUGAGACUGCUGGCGACGAUGAGGCUCAGCUCUUCGAGGCGCUGAGCAUCCAUGAGGAACUCCAGAAGGUCCUUUCCAAGUACGAAGAAUUCAAGGAACCUGCUCGUGUUGAACCUGAGCCAGAGCCAGCAAUGAUUCCAGUCACAGUGGAGGCUGAGGAAUCCCCCUGCGUUGCGAGCAAAGAAGAUGCCCCCGUAAGGAAACCAGUAGGUUCUGGAAAUCAGUCAAGUGGGGACGACCUACUUCAGGAUCUUGACGACAUGAUCUUUGGUAAGAAAGGUGGUGCAUCAUCUCAGCAGGACAGAAUUCCCAGGAAGGAGCAAAAGGACGAUUUCAUCAACUUCUGACUGCUGGCUAUACCAGGCUGAAACCUGUAACCUGUUAUGAGUUUUUGCCUUUACCAACCUUGUACCUCUACUCAGGCUUUCCAUUCUGUUAGUUCUUGAAGAUGUGUGUUGUGCGCAUUUAUUUUCCUGUAUCUAGGGGCCUUUUUUGGGUUAGUUCACUGGGACAUGAGGAGUUGCUUGCUGUACAGGGAUGGAUGUAGCGGUUGCAUAAUACUGGCUUAUGAGUUAUGCUAUGAAACAUUUCUUCA